AUGGUGAUUGCUGAUAGUGAGAUUAGUGAAGAUCAGAAGGAGAUUAGUGCUCCUAAGUCUCCAUGGAAGAGACCCAGUGGUGUUGAUGGGAAAAGUGUUGAUGUUCCUGUUAUGGUGAUUGGGACUAAGUCCUGGCCAGCUCUUUCUGAUGCUCAGACUCAGAAACCUAAGAAUCAUGUUGAGACUGUUUCUGCUAAGGUUGAGGAUGUUGCUGUUGUUUCUGUGUCAAGUGUUGGUGAGGUUGCUCCAAGAGCUUCUUCUGUUCAGAAAUCAAAUGGUUCUGGAAACUUCAAUCCGUUGAAUAAGAUGCCGUCACCACGUUAUCAAAAGCCAGGCCCUAAGCGGAACAACCACAACAAUGAUGCAGGUCACUUUCCUAUGGCGACGAUGCCUUAUCAUCAGCAGAUGCAUCAGUUUUUUCGUCCUAUGGCACCUCCGCCGCCUCACAUGGCUGUUCCAGCGUAUGCUUAUCCACCUGGUCCAGGACCUUAUCAGAAUAUUGACAAUCCUAUGAUGAAACCUGUACCCCCGGCGGCUGGACAAGGUUUUACUCCACCUGCUCACGCUGUUGAUGCCAAAAAUGGUCAGCCUCCGGUGCAUGGGGAUCCGAAUGCAUAUGUUAAUUAUCCGAAUGGAAGACCGAAUAUCCAAGAACAAGGUGAACAUGGGAAUCAUGGUUGGCAUCAUCAAAGACCCUUUCCUUCCAGACCAAACAUUCCUAUGCAACACGGGUUGGGCCCAAGGCCCUUUAUAAGACCUCCGCUUUAUGGUCCUCCUCCAGGGUACAUGGUUGGUCCAAGCUUCCCAGGACAUACACCGAUGUGGUGUGUCCCAAUGCCACCCCCUGGCCCCAUCAGAGGCCCCCCUCCGCGGCACUUUGCUCCAUAUCCUCCUGUUAACCCAGCACCUCAACCACCGACUCCACCUCAACCACCGGCUCCAGAAACUCUACCUUUGGAGGCUCGCAUUCUUAAUCAGAUUGAGUAUUAUUUUAGUGAUGAAAAUUUGAAAGAUGACCCUUAUCUUAUAGGCGUAAUGGAUGACCAAGGAUGGGUUCCCAUAUCCACUGUUGCUGGUUUUAAAAGGGUCACGAGGAUGAGCACAGACAUUCCUUUCAUCGUAGAUGUGCUUCGAAGUUCCGAUAAUGUGGAAGUGCAGGGUGACAAGAUAAGGAACCGCAACAAUUGGUCAAAAUGGAUUCAAACAUCCUCAGGAAAUUCAGAAUCAUCUGUGACUGAGAUUCAACAGGACCAACUUGUAGAGGCUACUGAGAAUUCACGUCCUGAUGCUGUUGGAGAUAACACUAAGGAGUCUUCUGAAGCAACUCUUAAAGAUGCUGCUCAUAGUUCAACUUUCACGGAGCAGAAUCUGUCAAACAAAGAUACAUUAAAAGUUCCUGAUAUGAGCCAAGAACACGAUACUGAUAGUCAUCAAUUCAAUGAUAUAUCACAUGUAGUAACAAGCAAAUCUGACACAGCUCAUAUUAAUUUCUUUUGCCGCCCAAAAGAAACUGACAGCAAAAGCAAAGAAGUUAACUACAAUAAGACUAGAAACAUUGAUGUUUCAGCCGAUGAUUUUGGCAAUACAUUUUUGCUUGAUGAAGAGAUAGAGCUUGAGCAGAAGAAGACUGAGCUUUCUUCUGCUGGAAGGAUUGAUGAUGAAGACGAUGAGAUGGCUGUCAUUGAGCAGGAUGUUCAGAGACUUGUAAUCGUUACUCAGAAUGGUGAUCCUAAAAAGGAAACAGGUGGUAGUAAAGAAUCAAAAACCAUCUCCAAAGAGCUUGCUUCUCAAAUAAAUGACGGACUUUACUUUUACGAGCAGGAACUUAUACAUAAUAGACGGUCUAAUCGUAGAAAGAGUAACUCUAACAACAGAGAGCGGGGUUUAAAAUCUCAAAACCAUACUUCAGGUGCAUCAAAUAUAAAUGCAGGCGAGAAUGCUGUUGGAGGUGUUGAAGAAUCUGGAGGCAAUAAUUCUCGAAGGAAACCAAAAGUGUUUCACAAGCAUCAAUCUUCUCUUACGCAGCGGUUUUUCUCGUCCAAUUUUAGAAAUCAUGGAACCGGCCGUAAUUCUCAUGGAGUUAUAUCUGAAAGCCCACCUAGUAAUUCAGUUGGUUUUUUCUUUUCUUCCACGCCUCCUGAAAAUCACAGUCUCAAAUUUUCCAAAUUGAGUAGUUCACCCCAUGGCCACGGCGGCCUUUCUGGAAGUAGUCCGCCUGUAGGUUCAUUGCCAAAGUCUUUUCCACCUUUUCAGCAUCCAAGCCACCAGCUUUUAGAAGAAAAUGGUUUCAAACAACAAAAGUACCUGAAAUAUCAUAAAAAAUGCUUGAAUGAUAGAAAGAAACUUGGAAUUGGCUGCAGUGAGGAAAUGAAUACAUUAUACAGGUUCUGGUGCUAUUUUCUUCGAGACAUGUUUGUUCCUUCUAUGUACGAUGAAUUUAAGAAGUUAGCAAAGGAAGACGCAGCUGCUAAUUAUUAUUAUGGCAUGGAGUGCCUUUUCAGGUUCUACAGUUAUGGUUUGGAGAAGGAAUUUAGAGAUGACUUGUACACGGAUUUCGAGCAGCUGACGCUGGAUUACUAUCAUAAAGGCAACCUGUAUGGCCUGGAAAAAUAUUGGGCGUUUCACCACUACCGCAAGAUGCGCAACCAAAAAGAACCACUGCAAAAACAUCCUGAACUGGAUAAGUUGCUCAACGAAGAGUAUCGAAGUUUGGAGGAUUUCCGUGCGAAAGAAAAGAAUGCAGCGAAAGACGUCACAAAUAAGUUUGAGUGA